UCCAAAAUAUCAAAUUUCUAUCGAUCAAAAUUCCCUUUCCCAAAAUCCCCCAAAGCAAGUAUAAUAAUUACGAAACGCAUAACAGUUACGCCGUGUUUACGCUCUAAUAGUAAAAGAAUGUACCCCCAUGGUGUCCAGUUACAGGGCCGUAUCGAAACGUUUAGGGGGUUAAAGUGUCCUCGUGCACCUCGAACAGGAAACGGACUAGGAACUGAAGUCGCGAACGUAUUAUUGAUCGGUGUCCGAGUGCGCCAGCGCAAUGCAAUUCUCGGGGCAAAACAGUAGCAAUCUACCCUCAUUCACGUUUCGUGUGCAGUGCUUCUAGUGUUAUUCUAUCGUCCAUUUGCUAUUUUGACACUGUCAAAGUGUCGUCGCGCGUGGCUAACAUGUCCGGUGACAGGGAUUAUAUCGGAUUUGCAACAUUGCCCGAGCAAGUACAUAGAAAAUCGGUUAAAAGAGGAUUUGAAUUCACUUUGAUGGUGUUAGGAGAGACCGGUCUUGGGAAGUCCACGUUGAUAAACAGCCUUUUUCUCGGUGACCUUUACAAAGAUCGGCGAAUUCCCGAUGCAGCUGAACGCAUCGAGAAAACGACGACAAUAGAGAAGAAAACAAUGGACAUCGAAGAACGUGGAGUUAGGUUACGUUUGACGAUUGUUGACACACCUGGAUUUGGGGAUGCUGUGAAUUGCGAGGAUACUUGGAAAGCAUGCUCGGCAUACAUCGACGAACAAUUUCGGCAAUAUUUCACGGACGAAAGUGGUUUGAACAGAAAGAACAUUCAGGACAACCGAGUACACUGUUGCCUGUACUUUAUACCGCCUUAUGGACACGGACUCAGACAAAUCGACUUGGAGGUGCUGAAACGGUUACAUCGUAAAGUGAACGUUGUCCCCGUAAUCGCGAAGGCGGAUACGCUGACCACAUACGAGGUGAAAAAGUUGAAGGAGAGAAUUCUGGCCGACAUCGAGGAGCACGAAAUUCAGAUAUAUCAGUUUCCGGACUGCGACAGCGACGAGGACGAAGAAUUUAAGCAACAAGACAAAGAACUUAAGGCUUGCAUCCCUUUUGCUGUGGUUGGCAGUUCGACGGUGCUUGAAGUGGCGGGAAAAAAGGUGCGAGGUCGUCAGUAUCCUUGGGGAGUUGUAGAAGUGGAGAACCCGAAACACAGCGAUUUCGUGAAAUUAAGGACAAUGCUGAUAUCCACGCACAUGCAAGAUCUAAAAGAUGUGACGCAGGAUGUACAUUAUGAGAAUUUCCGGGCACAAUGCAUUUCACAAAUUUCACAGCAAGCGAUUCGGGAACGGAGGUAUUUACGCAUUAAACUGAAGAGAGAUUCGGGUCCACACUUUGAAAAUAGUAUAUCGGACACGGACCGACUUCUCCUGCAAAAGGACGAGGAGAUACGAAGAAUGCAGGAUAUUCUGGCACAAAUGCAAGAAAAAUUAAAAGCGACGGGUCAGGUUGGCCCUGGAAGUGGUCUCAGGGCAAGGGUUGGUAGCCUUGGAAACGAUUUGGACGCCACCGACGUCGAAAAGAAACGCAACAGUAUUAUAGAUGUUUGAGUCUUCGAAUUACAUGAUAA